UGUUUUUUUUUACAUAAAUGAGGAGGUUGAUGAAAUAUAAAAAUGUAGAAAUCCUUCCUAUGGUAAUAUCGUACUGAAGGUCUUAAAUUGAGAAAUCAUUAUAGUUCCUUAGUACAUUAGUUAUGGUAAAUUAGUAAUUAUGUUCACGCUGAGAACACAAAAAGUGCAACUUGGUAGGUACUUGAGUGGGCACAUUAGCAUAGGCUUAAUAAAGUAAUGUGUUUUUUUUAUUAAGGAAUCGCUUCUUACGCUGUUGUAAGCAAACUGAUUUGAAGAAUAUUUUAUUUAAUAUUACAAUUUACAUUUCAUUUGAAACAAGAUGUUUUUUUUUAAUAGGAAAGCCCGCCGCUCUUGCCCCUUACUUGAAGACUUCUAAGCCAGGAUCUUAAAUGAAACCAACGAAUACAAGCGUGUCCUAGAGGAAACUGUUAAGUAUCUUUGAAUCCGCAAUAAAUAAAUGAUUUAUUAAUUAAAAGAGGAGUUAGAAGAAAUAUAUUCCACUUCCCUCCAGAGCAAGCGGGCGGCAAAAGAAAUCACUAUCAUAUCAUCAUAAAAAUAAAUUUGUCCUAUAAUUAUUAUCAUAUAAUUGUCCUAUUACCUUGAUUCCUAUAAAAAUGGGUAGUACAAAAGAGCCUGAAAGCACUUGCAUUAGUUUGGAUGAAAUAAGGUCCUCACGGUAAAUAAUACUGAUAGAGAUAAUGUAAAAUCACUGUUGACUGAUUAACAGUGAUAUUGUAGUUACAAAUUUAAUUAAUUCGUCUACGGUUCACGAAAAAUGUCUCCCAACAUCUAGGAAGAAUAUACUUUUACUUAAAACAUAAUUAGUUAAUAAGACUAAACUUAUAAACAAAGAGAUUAAGUUAUACUAAGGUUAGCAGAUUAUAGUAGAGGCAUCGGGAAUACAGAACAAGCGUUCGAAAUUAAUAGUAAGGAAAAAAAACCUGCGAAGCGUAACCCGCUGGCCGGUUUUACGAGCGUGGGAAAAUCAGUUAUCAACGAAGUCGAAUCACGAUCCUCGUAAUACGCAAUUACAUAUUAUAUCCACGUAUUUAAAUGUAUCGUAUCGAUGUUUGUUUUACUACGAACAUCCUAAAUAUAGAGCAAAUCACUUUUAAGAGCGUGCAAGAAUCUAUCGCGAAUAUCUGAGCGUGGGAGCGUGUUUAUGGUAAAAAGGUCAUUGGUACCCCGCGCCGGUGCCUCCGAUAUACAGCCUGAUCCCGAUUCACACGCGGAACAAUAACAUCGAUUAUUCAUCUUUUUUAAUAAGGAUUUUGAAUAGAGCGAAUAUGUGGCCAAUCACGAUAAUUAAUUAAUGAGAACUUAACAAUGAAAGCUGGUGUUAAAGAUUUUUAUUACUGAUACAUAUAUUAUAAUAAAAAAAAAUUGAUAGAGUAAGAAAUAAAGUUUUUGACGGAUACCAACUAAAUAUCGAAUUUCCAUUAACUUCAGUAUAACAGCUAAAUAUUUGCCAUCACUGAAAAUAUAACAUAGCUUUCGAUAUAUGCAACAUCGUGACUUAUCUUCAUUAUGAUAAACACAAUAGUGUGUAUGAUAAAGAGCUUACGUUGAAAUGCUUCUAAGGCAAACUGAAAUCUCCAAAAAAAAUAUGUCCGGAUCAUCAGUAAACAAACAAAUAGGAUCAUCCUGUAUACAAGAUCGAGAUAAAUCCAAGUUCAAGACGCAAGUGCACGUUGAAAACUGGCUGACUAUACAAAGUUCCCGAGGCUAGGACGCGGGCCCAUUCCACCGUGGAAGACGAGACGCGAAGCAUCCAGCCUUGCCUGAUAGUGACGAGACAAAAUGAUCGUGUUCACAUUAGUGUUGUUAAUAUGCGCUCACCAAGCUAUAAGCGGGGACCGGUCACCUCUACCGGACCUACCACCUGGCGAAGCUCCGGAACCUAUUCUGACCUUCAUGGAGAGGACCUACAAGACGGGCAGAGCAAGGGCUUCCUUCGACGCUGGGUCGCCUCUUCUCCUCACUCCAUACAUAGAGAAAAACCAGCUGAAAGAGGCGAGGGAGGCCGCUUACGUCGAUCCUGACUACAUGUUACCUGAUAUGGACAGUUACGCUGGAUAUCUGACCGUGAACAAAGAGUACAAUGCCAAUUUAUGGUUCUGGUACUUCCCAGUAGCAGGCAAGGCGGUGGAGGACACUCCUUGGAUCAUCUGGCUUCAGGGCGGGCCGGGAGCUUCAUCUUUAUACGGACUCUUUACUGAAAUAGGGCCUUUCUUCGUCACUAAGGACAACAAUUUGGAAGAAAUUCGACACUCAUGGGGCAAGAACCACUCUUUGCUGUUCAUUGACAACCCUGUGGGAACUGGCUUCAGCUUCACCGAUGACGAUAGAGGAUACGCUACCAAUCAAACUACGAUUGGAGAGAAUCUGUAUACAGCUUUGCAGCAGUUCCUGACAAUUUUCCCAGAGCUCCGCAAGGCACCUCUCACGAUCGCCGGAGAAUCGUACGCCGGCAAGCAUAUACCAUCGCUCGGAGUACAGAUUCAUUGGCAUAAGCAUGAAGACGAAGCUAUUAAUUUGAAGGGCCUAGCCAUUGGCAAUGGUUUCAUCGAUCCUCUGACUCUUCAACGAUACAGCCACUUCGUGCGUGAGGUCGGCUUAGUGGAUGACAGUGUAGCCAAUUCCAUGAACCACCUGGAAACCGCUGUUACGCAGUUCAUUAAUAACGGAGAGAUGGUCAAAGCUUAUGCUUACUACAACUAUCUCCUCCAACUAUUCUUGUCUCGAUCGCACUUGUCCAACCUGUACAACUUCCUGCAAGACGACAUCGACUUGGAUGGAGCAUACAUGGACUACAUCCAGAGGACCGAGGUUCGGAAGGCUCUGCAUGUUGGCAACACCAACUUCACCUCCAUCGGCGUUGUGUACAGGAAACUGGUACCAGAUUUCAUGGGAAGCGCUAAAAUGUGGCUGGAAGAGCUGCUUGAGAACUACAAAGUCAUGCUUUAUAACGGUCAUUUGGACAUCAUCGUAGCGUACCAUCCUUCAGUCAACACAUACGACUCUCUGUCAUUCUCUGGAUCUGCUGAAUAUGCGAAGGCUAAACGUAUGCCAUGGUAUCACGAUGGAGAGUUAGCAGGAUAUUACCGAGUCGCAGCCAACCUGACUGAAGUGAUGAUCCGCGGCGCUGGUCACAUGGUACCAGCAGACAAACCAGCGGCAGCCCUCGGCCUCAUCUCAGCCUUCGCACGAGGCAUCUCUUUAGAAGACGACACUGGAAGCUUAGUAGACUCGGAAAAAAACUUGCUUCGUCAACGUCAACUGCCACUUGCCACCAAGUAGUCAUCAAGAUUUGCCUUAACGCUUAUACAGUUAUGAUCGGUAUUAAAUAUAUGACGAUUAGUUUUUAGUAAAUUAGUUUUAAAAUA